AUGUCAGAAUUCAAGGUGAAAGCUGGUUUAGCCCAAAUGUUAAAGGGUGGUGUAAUCAUGGACGUGGUCACACCUGAACAGGCCAUCAUUGCUGAAAGAGCAGGUGCUUGUGCUGUUAUGGCCUUGGAACGUAUCCCAGCCGAUAUGCGUAAAUCUGGGCAAGUGUGCCGUAUGUCAGACCCACACAUGAUCAAGGAAAUCAUGGCUGCUGUUUCGAUUCCAGUGAUGGCUAAGGUCCGUAUCGGCCACUUUGUGGAAGCACAGAUCUUGGAGGCACUACAAGUAGAUUACAUUGACGAAAGUGAAGUCUUGACUCCAGCCGAUUGGACACACCACAUUGAAAAGAAUAACUACAAGGUCCCAUUUGUUUGCGGUGCCAAGGAUCUCGGUGAAGCAUUGAGAAGAAUAAACGAGGGUGCCGCAAUGAUCCGUACCAAGGGAGAAGCUGGUACUGGUGACGUUUCCGAGGCUGUCAAGCACAUCACCAAGAUCAAAGCAGAGAUCCAACAGUACAAAGAGACUUUGAAAAACGAAGCAGACUUCGCAGCAAAGGCCGCUGAAUUAAGGGUACCGGUCGAACUAUUGAAGUCUACACUAGAAAAGGGCAAACUGCCCGUGGUCAACUUUGCUGCCGGUGGCGUGGCCACUCCAGCUGACGCAGCUUUACUGAUGCAAUUGGGCUGUGAGGGUGUAUUUGUUGGUUCUGGUAUAUUCAAGUCCUCAGACCCUCAAAAGCUAGCUGGCGCCAUUGUUGAAGCGACAACACACUACGACAACCCAGAAAAACUACUACAAGUGUCCAGCGACUUGGGUGAUCUGAUGGGUGGUAUCUCCAUCCAAUCAAUCAAUGAGGCUGGUGGCAAAAACGGCGCAAGAUUGUCUGAAAUCGGGUGGUAG